AAUGUGUAAGUUUAAGUUAGUGCGGCACCGUGGGAGUGCUUCAAUCAGAGACAGAGCGAGACUAUUAUGCAUUACAGUCGCAUGGAACCAGGGUUGAUGAUAUCAGAGUAACGGAUCACAUCUCUCUGCACCACACAGCAAACGUAGACUGUCGGAUGAGGUGGAUGCUUUAGGUGAUGAGGGAGAGCCUCGAGGGCAUCAUUCUGCUGGAGGCGAGCUGACACUCUCGGCGGUACAGAAGUGGAAGAUGAGUGCCUGCUGGAUGCUCGUGAUCCUCGUGGGCUGCAGAUUACUACAUACCACUCAGUCUCAGAGCACCUGCAACGACCAGCUGCAAACCGUCUGUGAAGCUGCCGGAAAUAAUGUGUCUGUGCCUUGCCCAAACAUGACGGGAGAAGUAUUCACAACUACAGUUCUUAAGGAGGACAAAAUUAUCUUCGAACACACAUGCCAUAAGGAAGGAUAUUCACUAGAGUGUACGCCAUCAAACACAUCAUCAAACCCCAUCAUGGUGGGCAUGGAAUUGCAUAAACACGAAGACAAUGAGACGGUCAGUUACAUACUCAAGGGAGUGAAUGCCAGCAGCCACGGUAUCUACAGAUGUGUGGGCAAAGACUUGUUCCCUCCUCCCCUGAAAGAAAAACCAAGUGACUUGAAGAUCCUGUUACUUAUAAAAGGACACCAAUGCAACCCAGGAAUGUGCGAUAAUGCACAUGAAGAUCAAACUACUGUAUUACCCUGGAUUUUGACUUUUGCAGCUGUCAGCAUCUACAGUGUAACUGUCACCAUCUUUGCCAUAGUCAGCUGGAUAAAGUUGAGGAGGACGGAUUCCCAGAGCGACUACAUGAACACCAAACCCAAAGCUUCCCGGGACCGCAAGAAGAAAAGGGGGGUUCAAAAUCCUAUACCAAAACACUUCUGACUGCCCGUGCAUGAUGUGACCAUUUAGAUACACACAAAGGGGAGUCCUUGUAGUAGCUUGCACUGGAGAACAUUAUUGUGAUCGAGACUUUGUUGUCAAUAGUUUUGUGUCCACACAGCAAAAGUAGCAGUUUUCUUUUACUAAAAAAUAAACCGAAAAAAAAAAAAAAAAACCUCUUACCUACCUAGUCCCUCACUAUUGUCUCUGUCACACUCAGUUCUGUAAUUGUAAUCCCCUUUCUUUGUGGUUGAAACAGAAGGAGGUGCCUGAUAGGGGGGGAUUUAACCACAAUCAAAGCUCAUGCGGAUAAGAGUGACCACAAUUUCGUAACAGAAAAAAAAAAACUGAACCCAGAAGCCGUUAAGUCAGCUAAACUUCAGGGGCCAAAAGUGAAAAUAUCAAGUGACUUGGUUUCACUCCCUUUUUUACAUUUUGCACGCCGUUCUUUCUGAGAAAUAGAAUGUGUUCUCAGAGUUAACAAUCGGCGAGGUCGAUGAGAACCAGAUAAACAACAGGGAGCGUCACGCUUCAAACAAUAACAAUCUGCACCGUUUCCUGUCUUCCUCCCUGCCUCUUCUCCUUCCUUCACGCUGUGUGCAGAUGUGGCUUCUUCAAAGGGACUCUACCUUUACCUCGCGCACCUUGCAGCUUCUGAGCACACUGGUUUUAUUGGUUUCAUUCAGCAGCAAGGUCUUACUCAUCAACUACUGACAGACAGAUGAUCUUUUACAGAAUAGGUUGGGGGGGGUAAAAUAAAGUUCAUGUGUGUCACAGAUGGUUUUGAGCUCAGUUUAUCCAGGGACGUCAUUUAUUUAAAUAUUUUCACAUAUUUAUUUCUUCUUAAUUGUUUACAAAAAGCACAAAAAAAAAAAAUCUGUGUGUUCAUGACGAUUGAACAGGUUGUGAACCGGGCAUGGAACUUGGCAUCCGUUUAACAACUGUCCUUAAGAUUCCAGUUGCUCCAUUUUGGGUUGUGUGUCCGGGCUUUCGUGUUCUGGAAAAAUCAGUCCCCUGAGGAACUCUGUCAUCUCUUCCUCUGACACGGACUGUAGCUUCUGCUCCGACACCUGGAGAAAAGGAAUAGGAUUAUAUAAACCUCGCCAUCACUGCGAUGCACUCAACUCUUAUAGUUUGUUUGAGGGAGCAUACAGGGAAAUUAGUUCAUUAUUCAUUCCAGCGGACAUUUUGGACGGUAAAAUGUUAACACUCUAACACUGAAAAGGGACAACUUUAGACUUUAAACUGGGAUCAUCUGUGAGUCUCACCAAGACAGGGUCAUAUCCCAGGAUCUUCAGAUGGCGAAUCUUGACAGCCAGAUGGCCACGGGGAUUGGACGUACCAUGGCAAAAACCAGUGUACCUCGUGCAAAUUACUGCAAUUCUAGGACAUCAAGACAAGGGUUUCUCAGCUUUAAAAAAAAAAAAAAGGGUCAAAAUUUGAAUUUGCGUACAGGUAUGACAGUAUGAAAGUGGAUGUCUGUGUGGUAGAAUAUCAUUGGGAGGCACAAAUCCUGAAAGCUGAGCAGUAUACGGAGCAUAUUGUGGCUUUAUUUUCAGUAAGACAGUGCCGUGACUGACUUCCUUUAACACACACGCAACUACAGAUCUUUACUCAGUAGCGUUAUUGUACUUUUAUUUGAAUUCAUGUUUCAAAUUUCCUUUUAAUCCUACUUUUUUUAAUGCAUUUUUUAAAAAUGUUGUAUGUUUGUAUAAUUCAACAUUUGCUUGAAUUUGUAUGGGUAAAAAGUGCACUAGCAGGUUCAAUAAAAUUCUACUUUAGUUAAAGCA